AUGAUGUUCUGGAUGGAUGGAUGGAUGACACCGUCGGGGGCGGGCUGUGCUGGCCACCUGGCCUUGGGCGAGGCAGCCAGCUCGGCGGUCGCGGUCAAAGUCGAUGAUGAUGAUGGUGUCGAUGGUGUCUUUGAAGUUGCCAGGUCCUUCCCGGUCAAAGGGUCGCCUACCAGUGGUAAAAGGCGCUAUCCUUCACAAGGCACGAGGAUGAUGAAGGCAUGUCCGGGCCUGGUCUUGGCCUGCAGGCGCCGCGCGCGUGCAGUAGCGGUGAUCGGCCCCCCGUACGGUACGUUGCGGCACUGCUGCAGGCGUUCCAUAGGUACGAUGGAACCUACAAGCGGCUGCCGACCUGCUCAGCCCCGUCCACCCUAUUUCGUCAUUUCUCUCUAG